AUGGCCGUCCUCCAGGCGCUGGUGAUCGCCUGCCUCUCCCUGUUCCUCGCGACCACAGUUGCUCUGGUCUGGGUGUUUCCCAUAGGUAGGGCGAGAGCAUCAGACUCAGAUGCGAAGAAAGCUUCGAUCUCUGUUCAGAUCGUUGUCCUUGGCGAUAUUGGGCAUAGCCCAAGAAUGCAGUACCACGCCGAGAGCGUCGCGAAACACGGUGGCCGCGUUACGAUAAUAGGAUAUCAGAGUAAGCUCCCGCCUCGAAUGACGGUUACCGAGUUUGCAUAUGUUAACAAAAUCCCUCUACCAGCAUCUCCACCGAAGCCGGAGCUCCUUUCGAACCCUCUUGUCUCCAUCGUUGCCCUCCCACCCCCUCCAAAAAUGCUGCAGACAAAGAAUAAUGUACUCUUUCCUCUACUGGCGGUCUUGAAGGUUCUCCAGCAGACCUGGUUCCUGUGGAGCGCUCUCGUGUACCGCUCCAAGCCCGCCCAAUGGAUGCUCAUCCAGCUUAAACCGGGAACCGAACUUUCGUGUGAAUUUUGCAUUGGUGUCCUUCUAUUCCAAGAGACUGAAGUUGCUACCCUCUCUCAACGCCAGAACCCGCCCACAGUCCCGACCCUCGUCAUGGCCCAACUUGCUUGUUGGCUCCGCAAUACUCGACUGAUCAUUGACUGGCAUAAUUUCGGAUACUCCAUCCUCGCAAUGAAGCUAGGACCGCGCCAUCCAAUGGUCAAAUUCCUUCGGUUUCACGAAAUGACAGCCUGUCGUUUCGCCACUGCCCAUUUUUGUGUCAGCAAAGCCAUGGCGAGGAUGCUUCAACAAGAAAUCAAUUUAGUUGCGCCUAUACUAGUGUUACAUGACCGGCCCCCGGAGCUGUUUCAGCCGAUUGUCAGGGAAGAUGAGAAAUUUGCCUUUCUAACUUCUCUUCCGGAAACAAAAAACUUCGUAAAAGCUUAUCGCGCGGGCAGGCAGUGCGAGCUACUUGUUAGCUCGACAUCAUGGACCCAAGACGAAGAUUUCUCGAUCUUUCUAGAUGCAUUGUGCCAGUACUCGACCCAUGCUGCCACUGUGGAUGCAAAACUCCCCGACUUGUAUGUCAUCAUUACUGGCAAAGGGCCGCUACAGCGCACGUACCUCCGCGCCAUCGCAGCUCUGACAGCGGAAGGGAAGCUGCGAAAAAUACACAUACAAUGCGCCUGGCUUACGAUACAGGACUAUGCGAAGUUACUUGCAUGUUCUUCCCUAGGUGUGUGUUUGCAUACCAGUAGUAGCGGCGUCGAUCUACCGAUGAAAGUCGUAGAUAUGUUUGGCGCCGGUUUACCCGUAGUUGCAUGGGACCGGUACCAGGCAUGGCCAGAACUAAUAACCGAGGGUGUCGACGGGAAAGGAUUUGGCAGCGCUGAAGAGCUUUCUCGUCAUCUAAUCGAUCUCCUUGGCGAAGAUAGAUCCCAGCUGCAAUGGCUUCGACAGGGCGCGAGAAACGCCAGUAAAAGACGAUGGGAUGACGAGUGGGACCCUGUCGCCGGGGAAUUUCUGGGACUGACAUCUUAA